UCAUUAUAAAAACCAUCAACUACCUCUCUUUCUUAUUCUCUCCUUAAUUUAACGCUAGCUUUGUUAACUCAACUUCAAACUCCAAUUCCAUGGCUGAAGAGAAGCAUCACCACCAACACCUUUUCCAUCACAACAAGGACGAGGAUAAGCCUGUUGAAACUGUCUACACUGAGACUCCUGCUGGUUAUGCUGAGACUGGGAACAGUGAGUCGACCACAGAAGGAUAUGGUGCCACCACCAUCUCCACCGAGUCUGAGGUUGACUACAGGAAGGAAGAGAAGCACCACAAGAAUCUCGAGCACCUUGGCGAGAUGGGUGCUGUCACAGCUGGUGCUUAUGCCUUGCACGAGAAGCAUAAGUCAAAGAAAGAUCCAGAGCAUGCCCACAAGCACAAGAUAGAAGAGGAGAUUGCAGCAGCGGCUGCAGUUGGAGCUGGUGGAUAUGCCUUCCAUGAGCAUCAUGAGAAGAAAGAGGCAAAGGAACAAGACGAAGAGGCUCAUGGAAAGAAGCACCACCACCUUUUGGGUUGAAAACAACACGAUCGAUCCAUCCAUCCAUCCAUCCAAGACACACCAUCUAGAUUCUAGAUCUCUCUUUCAAUGUGUCUUUUUUUUUUUUCCCAGUAUUUACUUCGAGCUGUGUUGUGUUUAUACCAGUAAGCAACUACCCUAAAUAAUACUUUGUGGUGGGCGAGAGAGUGAGUUUGUGAAUGCUUACUUGGUUGGUAUACGUGUCCUUGUUCAUUGUUUGUCAUCCGGUUUCUUUGUGUGUAAUGUUAAGAAUAAUAUUUUCCUAUCA